AUGGUCAAGGAUCUUCAGCUUGCAAUCGCGCGUGCCGAGAUGGAACUCGCGGAGAAGCGACUCGCGCUUCUGUUGGCCCAGGGCUCGCCAGCGGAAAAUGGGCCUCAAGUCAACGGUGCGUCGGCGUCGGGUUAUGUGGAGGUUGAACUCGGCAACAUCGAGGAGAACGUACAAGGCAGGGAGCCUGACGAUUCUACGGCGUAUGAAAGCCAGGAUACCGCGCACGCUUCGGAAGUUCCGCAAAGUACGCGGGACCCCAGCGUGGCUAACGAGGAUGCAAACUCCCCGCCGCCUGGGACUAUCCCCAACGGACCGACGCAGGCGCUCGACAACGCUGCAGGUUGUGUGAACACGGACGAAAACUACGACGAUGCGAGCAGCGCAGCGGCGCCGGAUGAAACCGACGAGGUGGAAGACUUGGUGCGGGACGCCGACACCGACAUGAGUUCGGUCACGGUGAAAAUCGAAACAGACACAACGGACACGAGCUCGGCGCCGACAAACGGGUACGACGAAGACAUCAUGCCCAUUGGCCGGUUCAUCGACCGCGUACUGCGUUGGGCCGGCGUCGUAUGGUCUGACGCUGAGGCUAGGGCGGGUGUGGACUUCGAGGCAGCGGCGGCCUUGGCGACCGAGAUGAUGGGCUUCGAGAUCGUUAGCGUCUGCGGCGAUCAGGUCGCGCUCCGCGCGCCUCUCGACAUCAGGUCCGCCAAGCAAUGGGCUUCGAGGCAACGGAUGGUGUCGAAGAUCUACGCAAAGGUCGCAGAGCCGAAUUACACACAGCUCGUCGCCCAGACCUGGCGACACAUCCGUGAGCUGCCCUACGAGGACGUCAAGAAGAUGAACGGUCGGUACGGGCUCAUUGGCGUCGUACGCGCAAUCUACCAGGCCAACGCCAUCGAUCCGAACAAGUGUGAGGACUUCCGCGUCGUCAUGCGCGACGCAGCAGACGCCUUGCGGGCUAUGCGCACGGCCAUUAAGUCUGCGCGCGACGCUCAGCUGGCGCCGACCGCAGCGCCGACCGCAGCGGCGUCGAGCACGCUGCUCCAAGUGCUGACUCAGCGCGACGCCGAGCAGGCGGCACAGGCUACGGAGGCCCUUGACCGCAUGAGCAACGGGGAUGUCAUCGAGAUCGAGAGCGAUGAUGAAGAACCAGUGCACGGUUCUAAGAAGGGUGGUAGCGGUAGUGGAGUCGGCAAGGCGAGGAAGGUUCUUGCGAAGCGCAAGUCGACAAGCACACCGGGACCUUCGCCGAAGCCGAAGAGGCACAGGUUGUAA